AUGGUGCUCAGCGUUGCGUUACCCGAGGGUCUCGAUGCGUCGAAGCUGUCGAAGGACAUCUCCGCGUACAGCGAGCUGCAGCAGGCUCGUCUCAAGUUCCGCCCUACCCUCCCCUCCAUGCUCGAUGGGCCCAGCGUUGUCGAGAAGGGUCCUCCCACCAAGGCCGCCGGCAACGAUGAGGAGAUCGCCAAGCUCUUUCCGUCGCUCUACGGUCAGCCCUCCGUGAAGCUCGUUCCCGCCGGCGCCUCCUCCGCGCCCGCUACGCCCAUCACCGUCGGCGUCGUUCUGUCCGGAGGCCAGGCGCCCGGCGGUCACAACGUUAUCGCGGGACUUUUUGACUACCUGCAGGAGAAGGUGCCGGGCAGCAAGCUGCUGGGGUUUCUGGGCGGCCCAGCGGGAGUGAUGAAGUGCAAGUACGUGGAGAUCACGGCGGAGUUCCUCUACCCCUACCGCAACCAGGGCGGCUUUGAUAUCAUCUGCUCCGGCCGCGACAAGAUCGAGUCCCCCGAGCAGUUCGCCAUGGCCGUGGCGUCAGCGGAGCAGCUUUCUCUCGACGGGCUAGUGGUCAUCGGCGGAGACGACUCCAACACCAACGCGUGCCUCCUCGCCGAGCACUUCCGCGGCAAGGGGCUGAAGACGAAGGUGAUCGGGUGCCCCAAGACCAUCGACGGCGAUCUCAAGGCGGCGCAAGUGCCCAUCAGCUUCGGCUUCGACACCGCCUGCAAGGUCUAUUCCGAGACCAUUGGGAACGUUAUGACUGAUGCGCGAUCUGGCGGCAAGUACUAUCACUUCGUGCGGCUGAUGGGCCGAGCGGCGUCGCACAUCACCCUCGAGUGCGCGCUGCAGACGCACCCCAACAUCACGCUCGUCGGCGAGGAGGUGUUCGCAAAGGGCAUGACGCUGGGCCAGGUCACCAACCACAUCGCUGACGUCAUCUGCAAGCGCGCCGAUGCGGGCAAGAACUUCGGCGUCGUGCUCAUUCCCGAGGGGCUCAUCGACUUCAUCCCCGAGAUCAACGAUCUCAUCUCCCAGCUGAACGAGAUUCUGGCCAAGGCGGCGGUGGACGCGGAGGGCAUGUACGAGUGGAAGGAGGGACUGCAGCCCAACACGCGCACGCUCUUCGACUCGCUGCCCAAGGACAUCCAGGACCAGCUGCUGCUCGAGCGAGAUCCCCACGGCAACGUGCAGGUGGCGCGCAUAGAGACGGAGAAGAUGUUGAUCAGCAUGGUGGAGGAGGAGCUGGGACGGCGGGCCAAGGCGGGGCAGUACAAGGGCGCCUUCGAAGGCCGCUCGCACUUCUGCGGCUACGAGGGCCGGUGUGGCAUGCCCACGCUUUUCGACGCCACCUACUGCUAUGCUCUCGGGUCCGUGGCGGCAGCAUUGGUGCAGGCGGGGGAGACGGGGCUGAUCGCGUCCGUGGGGAACCUGACUGCUCCCCCUCAGGAGUGGACCGUGGGCGGCACUGCUCUCACUGAACUCAUGGUCGUGGAGAGGCGCAAGGGCAAGAACAAGCCUGUGAUCAAGAAGGCCAUGGUUGAAUUUGAGGGUGCGCCGUUCAAGAAGUUUGUCUCAGUGCGUGACGACUGGGCUCUUAAUGACCGCUACAGAAGCCCAGGCCCCAUCCAAUUCGAGGGCCCUACUGCCUCCCAGCCCAACCUCACACUGCUGCUUGAGCAAGGCGUGUCCAUCUAG